UGCAGAACCAUAUGUCGGGCCAGUUGCUGCAUAGAAGUAUUCAACUCUCUGGACAAGAGGCAAUGGAUGACUAAGACAAUUCAAACCUGAAACAGCCCUGCCCAAGGAACUGGGCUCAAAGAUCAGCUGAUUCAAUAAGGCAGCCCUGCAAGCAAUGCUAAAAGAAUAGAGGCUUCAACUCCUUUCCAUGGCAGCUCACCAAAACCUGGCCUCGAAGAUCUUCUCUUCAUGCUGCAAAUGCUGUGAGAAACCCGAUGCUGCAGAUGACUCCAAGAUCCCCAAUCAAACCCAAGAGCUUCAGCUGUCGAAGCAUGGUGUGCAGAAGGAUGAGCUCAACAGACAAAGCCUCAAGCACAGUGAUGCAGCACCCUGCAUGAGUCUGGGGAAAGCCACGCUCCCCUCAGAAAAGACAACUUCUUGUUUCAGCAGCAAUGUAAAUUCACAAGUUUCCAAAAGAGGGUUUCACAAGAGAAGGCUCAGCCGCUACUCCCAGGAUCACUGGCCGUACCAACCAUGCCUCAUCGGGAGGCCCUGAUCAUUCUAGACGGCAACCCCCUUGCAGGUCUUGGAGCCUGCGCAGCUGCGGAGAGUUUCCAGGAGAAAGAGGGCGGUGCACCGGGGCCAUGAAGACUGAUUCGGAAACUCCCUUCCAGGAGGAGAAGACGUCUGAGCCAACGCUGUGCUGCCAACAAGAGUCACUUCAGACCCCAAAAAGCCACUUGGGAGGAGCUGCCUCCAAUUAAAGUCUUUGGUGACGUCA